UAGAACCAGAAACACACACCAUGAUUGACCAGCAGCACAAGUCCAGCCAUCACAAAUCAGAGAGGAUUGACCACCAUCACAAGUCCAGCCGCAGAUCAGAAAAGAAGCGUUCCGACAAACCACACAAGGUGAAGAGCCACGAUCCGCUGAAGAAACAGAAGAAGCGGGCUCUGAAGAAACUCCGUCGAAAGGCCGCCAACGUGAACUUCCCCUACCAACUGUUCCUGUACCGCCAGGAACUAAAGCGAUCCAGCACCGAUUUCUCCUAUCUGCGCCUCUCGAAGGCCAAAAUCGCGCUGACCUCGCAUCUCAUUGCCAAAAAGAUGGGCAGCUGCAGCCCCAUGGGCACUGUGGAUGAACUAAAGGAACUCAGCCGGGAGGUGCAGUUCCAGAAACGUCUCUGCCACCAAGUGGAGCGCCUCCAACAAUUCCGGCAACUCGGACUCACCGAGAUGAUCCUUAAUGGCAAGAAGACGACCCUGUAAUCUGGGCAAAUCGCAAGGAGUACCUUGGAACAGGCUGUUAGGCUGGGGCUGGGCAUUAUCUUAAGUUAGUCGGUAGCUUUUAGGUUGUAAUAUUUUAUCAAAUAAAAUAUCACACUGAAAUUGCAAAAAGGUUUUUGGACAUCACUUGAAAUGAUCAUAGCUUUAAUUUGGGUUAGACAAGUUCGUAAUGCCUGCGAACUUUUAUAUUUUAUAUGUCUUUAAAGUCUAUAAAACUCAAUUCAGUUCUAAGUAAGUUUAACAAUAUAAAAUGAUAUAAGCUUGUAUUAUUUUUAUAAUUGAGAAAGAUUUUUUUGACUUCUAAUAAUAUUUAAUAAUGUUAAAAGCAAAACCAUUUUGUUAUGACUGUUUAAAAUAGAUCAAUACAUAAAUAAUAAAUUUAAAGUUUUUAAGUAAAGUAAAAAGACCAUACUUUAAUAGUCACUCAUUAAAUCUAACAGAAUAUGAGUAAAAAUGAAUUUACCUAAUUGUAUUUAAUUUACUUUAGUUUUGCUGCUCUGCUCAAUUCUGUGCUCUGGUCAGAAUGUCACAAAAAAGAACGACAGCCAGGAGGUCAUUAGAGUGAAGGUA